CAGUAAAAUGGCGCUGUUCCACUGAGGCGCUGUGCCCCUGCUCUUAUCCCUGGGAAACCCCGUGCACGAGCUGCCAACGCCCGGCGCAGAGAAACAAACAGAGCGGAAUACGAUCUUGAAUGAGAAGAGUGGACUGUUAAACUAAAACAAAGCACAGUUAUGCAGACGAUCAAGUGCGUCGUGGUUGGCGAUGGAGCCGUUGGUAAAACCUGCCUAUUAAUUUCCUACACAACUAACAAAUUCCCAUCUGAAUAUGUACCAACGGUCUUCGAUAACUAUGCAGUUACGGUUAUGAUUGGAGGAGAACCCUACACCCUGGGACUGUUUGACACUGCAGGUCAGGAAGACUACGAUAGAUUACGACCCCUGAGUUAUCCCCAAACAGAUGUUUUCUUAGUCUGUUUCUCUGUCGUUUCCCCUUCUUCAUUCGAAAACGUCAAAGAAAAGUGGGUACCGGAGAUCACCCACCACUGUCCAAAGACACCCUUCCUGCUUGUGGGGACGCAGAUCGAUCUGAGAGACGACCCGUCUACUAUCGAGAAGCUUGCGAAAAACAAACAGAAGCCGAUCACUCCAGAGACGGCCGAGAAGCUGGCCCGAGACCUGAAGGCCGUCAAGUACGUCGAGUGCUCCGCUCUCACGCAGAAAGGCCUAAAGAAUGUAUUUGACGAGGCGAUUUUGGCAGCCCUGGAGCCUCCUGAGCCCAAGAAGAAGCGUAAAUGCGUGCUGCUAUGAGCGCCCUUGUCUUUCUUUGCUAAGGCUGGCCAACAGCUUUAUACUCUUAAAAAGCAAUGCCUAAAAAAAAAAAAAAAAAAAAGAAGUGAGUUAAAAAUUUUUUUUUGCUCUGCAAUAAAUAUAAUCGAAAGAAUACCCUACAAACACACACACACACACACACGGCUCGGAUUUGUUUUUGAGCUCCCUAUCAUCAUACCACAGAUUAAUCUAGUUUUACAUCAUAAGCGUGUUAUUUCACAGCAAACCGUAAAGACGUGGAUGUUUGUCAUUUAACCAAGUUUUUAAUGGCUAAUUUCUCACUGAUGCGUGAGGUGAGAGCGGUUACUGGCAUGAAAGGCAUAUGCUAGUAGCAUCGCGAAUCCUCCUGUGUAGUUGGAGUUAAACCUCUAACCUUUACUUUUACACUAGAAUGACACCAGAAGUGCUUGAAAAAAAAGAAAAUACAAAAAAAAAAACAAAAAAAAACCUCUUUCUUUGCCAAUAUUCCCACAUCGUAGGCGGAACGAAAGAGUAACCAUGUAAAUAAGAGCGGAUUAUAAUAAAGGAUUUGUCGCACAGAACCGGGUUUUCUCUCGCAGGGAAACUUUUAACAGUGUUAGCAGAACAAGCGGCGUGUCCCACUGCAUCGCCAGGGACCACUGAAGCAUUUUUUUUUUUUCUUUUCUUUAGAAAACUUGUAAUGCAUGGAGGUAAGCACCUCUGGUUUCCUUUACAUAGGUUAAAUACUUCUUUAAUUAAUAAUGUAAGCUGACAUGAUGUAGUCUCCUGUUUUUACCAGAAUCUUCUCUUUACCCACCCCACCCCCUUCCUUUAUUUCCCCUAAUUUGUCGCCACUCUCUGUUUUUCAUCACUCGUGGGCCGGAUCCCAGCGAAACACUGAUCCACCUGUCAUUUAACAGGCGACAAAAAAAAAGUGAUAAUGGAUCAAAUUGAGCCUCCAGUUGCCCCUCAACGACACCAUGUUUACUACCAUAUGAGUUGCCCAGGUGGAUCAAGGUUGAUCUGAUUUCCUGUCGAUUAUCACCUGUUUGUUUUUUUUUUGUUUUUGUUUUUUGUUUCAUUGUAAGACCAAAUGCUAUGUAUGAAGUCUGUCCUUUGUACUGUAUAUGCAUUCUUUUAAAGAUUAUUAAACUUGUACCUUAAUUGCCUUUA